AACUUGGGAGGCAAUGGAGGGUACAGUCAGGUGCUCCGCGAACUAUGUUCCCCUCUCCCCGAUUAGCUUCCUGCAGAGAUCGGCGCUGGUGUACGGAGAAAGAAUCUCCGUUGUCUACGGUGAUGUCAAGUUCACCUGGAGAGAGACUCUGAACAGGUGCACCAGACUCGCCUCCGCUCUCACCCACCUGGGAGUUUCUCGCGGUGAUGUUAUGCUCUGUUUAUAUUGGUUCAUUAUAAUCCGAUAUGGAGAGAAAAUGAAUGUUUGUGUAACUGAAAGGUCAAAUAAAGUUGUCUAUACGACAGUUCAUCAAUCUUCAGAAGUGGAGUCAUGGCCCCGAUUAUUCGGACCUCAACAAGUAAGCUUUCCAGUAACUCUUCUUGUUCCCUAUUCAGCUGCUUCUUCAUUUCCAAGUGGGAUCGCCCUCGGUCGUCCUAGUAAGAAGGCUCCACUUUUAACUAUUUUUCUAAAAGCAUGUCCCACCUUAUGCUACAGAAAGUUUUCUUGUAGGGACGGCGGUUUGAUUUACCUGCGGUCUAGAUUUCUUGAGCAGGUUGCUUCUUUGGUCCCAAAUAUUCCGGCCAUGUACGAGCUACACUUCGCAGUUCCCAUGGCGGGUGGAGUUCUUUGUGCACUUAAUAUUCGCCAUGAUUCAAACCUAGUUUCUGUUUUGCUGAAGCAUUCUGAGGCCAAAGUUUUCUUCGUGGAUUACCAAUUUUUCAAUGUUGCCAAGGAAGCAAUAGAAAUUCUCUCCAAGACAAGCAAAAGACUUCCUCAUCUUGUGUUAAUAAUGGAGCUUGAUAAAUCAUCUCCCACCACAGCCGGCACAGUUCCAUCGCAAGGACACAUGGAAUAUGAAAUGGUUUUGACAAUGGGCAGACCUGAUUUUGAGAUCAAAUGGCCACAAGAUAAUGGGAUCCCAUUUCACUCAAUUACACCUCAGGCACAACAUCAAGUCCGAAAGGCAGGGGCAUAUCUCAAUUCUCUUGCUACUGUAAUUCUCAAUGAAAUGCAGUCCAUGCCGGUCUACUUAUGGACUCUUCCCAUGUUUCACUGCAAUGGAUGGUGCCUGACGUGGGGCGUGGCGGCCCUGGGUGGCACAAAUGUUUGCCUGAGAAAUGUCACUGCAAACGGAAUUUUUAAUAAUAUUACUCAGCAUAACGUGACUCACAUUUCUGGUGCCCCCACUAUUUUGAAUAUGAUUGUGAAUUGCCCGGUUAGUGAUCGCAAGCCUCUCACCGGGAAAGUGUCAGUGCUGACUGGUGGUGCCCCUCCACCACCGCAAGUGCUCUUCAAGAUGGAGGAGCUAGGGUUUGCCAUCACUCACACGUAUGGCCUGACAGAAGUCUAUGGUCCCGCAACAGUUUGUGCCUGGAAACCAGAAUGGAACUCUCUCCCACGUGAGGCGCAGGCCAAGAUCAAGGCUCGACAAGGGCUGCACCACCUGGGCUUGCAAGAAGUAGAUAUAAAAGAUCCUGUCACCUUGAAGAGUGUCCCGCCCGAUGCAAAAACAAUGGGUGAGGUUAUGUUCAAAGGCAACACGGUAAUGAACGAUGCCAAAGCAACACAAGAUGCUUUCAGAGGAGGGUGGUACAGAACAGGGGACUUGGCAGUGAAACACCCAGAUGGGUACAUAGAAUUGAAAGAUCGUGCAAAGGAUAUUAUUAUUUCAGGGGGAGAAAAUAUCAGUACGAUAGAGGUGGAGUCUGUCCUUUUCAGUCAUCCGGCAGUUCUUGAAGCGGCAGUUGUUGGAAGACCAGAUGAAUACUGGGGGGAGACACCUUGUGCAUUUGUGAAAUUGAAGGAUGGGUAUAGGGUGAGCACUGACGAGAUUACUAGAUACUGUCGGGAUCACUUGCCCAUUACAUGGCUCCUCGGACCGUUACAAGAU